AUUAUAUUUUAAAAAAAAAUAUAUAAAAUUUUUAUAUAUAUAUAAGUUAAAUAGUAUUAUUUAAAAAUGAUUCCAAAUACAAACAGGGUUCCAAAUUCAAGAAUCGAAUUAAGAAUUAGAUGCAGCCAUUUAAAAAAUCUUGAUAUUGUUUCAAAAUCAGAUCCAGUAGUUAAUCUUUUCACAAAAAGAGGCGCAAACUAUACAUAUGUUGGUUGUACAGAAAAAAUUAAUAAUAAUUUAAAUCCAGAAUUCAAAACACCAAUUAUUAUCGAUUACUUUUUUGAAGAAGUUCAAAAUCUUAGAUUCACUUGUUUAGAUAUUGAUGGUGAAGUUAAAAUUUUAUCAGGUAUCGAUGAAAAUGAUACCAUUGGUUCAUUUGAAACUACAUUAGGUAAUAUAUUAUCAAGACCUGGUAGAAGAGUAGUUGGUGAAUUAAAACAUAAAGGUAAAACUACUGGUAAUAUUGAAGUUACUGCUGAAGAACUCCAAAAUACAAAUCAUGAUAUUUAUCUUAGAAUGGAAGCUUCAAAUGUCGAUGCUAAAGAUUGGAAUGGUAAAAGUGAUCCAUAUUUUAAAAUUUAUAAAGCUGUUCAAGGUGGUAGUGCUCCAGCAUUAGUUUAUCAAAGUGAAAUUAUUAAAAAUACAUUAAACCCAGUUUGGAGACCAGUUCAGAUGUCAUUAGAAUCAUUUAAUGGUGGUGAUAUGUUUAGAGAUUUAACAAUUGAAGUAUUCGAUUAUGAUUCAAUUGGUUCACACGACUUAAUCGGUAUUGUUCAUUUAAAUGCAGAUCAAGUACUCAGAGGUCAAAAAGAAUUCCCAAUUAUUAACCCAAAGAAAACAAAAAAAUCAGGUUACAAUAAUUCAGGUAUUUUAAGAUUCUUUGAAGCCAAAUUAGAAAAGAAACAUUCAUUCCUCGACUAUUUAGCAGGUGGUUGCGAAAUUUCAUUAAUGGUUGCAAUCGAUUGUACAGGUAGCAAUGGCGUAGCUUCAAAUGUACAUUCACUUCAUUACAACACACCAGCACAACCAAGUCAAUAUGCCCGUUCGAUUAUGUCAGUAGGUUCAGUUUUAGCUCCAUACGAUUCAGAUGGUAUGAUUGAUGUUAUGGGUUUCGGUGGUUCAUAUCCAGGCUCAGGUGUAUCACAUUGCUUCCCAUUCUCUUUUGAUCCAAAUGUACCAGCAGCACUUGGUGUUCAAGGUGUUUUAGGAUUGUACAAUCAAAACAUUGAAAAAAUUUAUUUCUCAGGUCCAACCAAUUUCAGCGAAGUCAUUCAACAUGCAAUGAAAAAAGCAUCAGAAGGUCAAAACCAACAAAACCAAAAAUACACUGUACUUUUAAUUUUAACCGAUGGUGAAAUUUCAGAUAUGGACGAAACCGUUAGAAACUUAGUUAGUGCCUCAACUAUGCCAUUAUCAGUCGUAAUUGUUGGUGUAGGUUCAAGUUCAUUUGAUAAUAUGGUUACUUUAGAUGGUGAUGAUGGUACAUUAAAAGAUUAUAACGGCAGAAAAGCAAGCAGAGAUAUUGUACAAUUCGUACCAUUCACCUCAUUCUCAUCAAAUAUCGAUUUAUUAGCACAAGAAACCUUAAAAGAAAUUCCAGGUCAAUUACUUUCAUUCUUUAAAACUGUUGGUUUUGCACCAAACCCACCAAGACAAUUUGUUGCUCAACCAAUCAUCACUCCAAUUCCACCUCCAAUCGCACCACAAUAAAUAAAAUAUUUAAAUUAUAAUGUUAAUAUUAAUAU